CCCUCCUCGGUUACUUAUUAUCGCCGCCUGCUCUCUCCACAAUCAUUUCACAGCAAGAGAGGACCGCGGCAGCCCGUCUGGGGGGAGGACGAUGAGACACGUUUGACUCGAAAAGAAACAAAACUCAUGGAAAUAGUGGAAUUACUCUGAAUUUGACGACGAGAUCGAGAACAAGGUUUCGUUACGAUGAGAGCCUGAGCUGCUGAUUUAUUUAAAUAUUUUCAAAGAAAGAAACAGCUCAACUUUAGAGAAGAUAACAACGUGCACAAAGUGUUAUGUCGUCCACCGAAGAGUCGUCUGGCACGGUCUUGCACCGGCUCAUCCAGGAGCAGCUCCGCUACGGAAACCCUACUGACACCCGCACCUUAUUAGCCAUCCAGCAGCAGGCCCUGCGCGGAGGCAGUGGAAGCAACAGUGGACCCAGCAGUGGAGGCGACAUGGGCAGGAGCCCACGAUCCUCUUUGGAGAGUCUUACCCAGGAGGACCCUACUUUUCCUCAGCUCUCUACGAGGCAGGAGCCUCAAGGCCAGGAGCACCAGGGGGACUACCACCACUCAGAAAGUGGCUACCAGCUCUACCAGCUGCACGGAGAGGAGCUACCAACUUACGAGCAGGCCAAGGUGCACUCACAGUAUCUGGCCUCUCACUGGGCCCCUACAGGCCCCAUCAGGCAGCUUCAUGAGGGGACGCUUCUGCAUGAAGGGGCCUUCCAUGAAGAGGCAGAUCUGAUGGAGCUGAAGUGCAGCCACGUGCGGUCACUGAGCGAGCAUUGUAUGCAGAUAUCUCUGGAGAGGAAUGAUGCAGCUGCUAAAGCAGAGGCCAUCAAGAGUACGUCUCACAGCUACCCUGAGCUUCCUUACUACACACCACAAAUCCUCCAGAGCACGGGACAGAGCCUGGACAAGCGCAGCCCACCUCCAGAGUACUCAGCCCCCAUCCAGGGCCAAGGAUUUAUCCCUCACCAGGUCCAGGAGUCGAUGCAGGCACAGCAGCACAGGUAUGUCCAGUCUGGUCAGCCUGCUGAAGUCCCCUGCUACAGCACAAUCAAUAGCCUGCCACCUGCUGGCUUGGAGGAGCCCAACCAGGUGGAGCUGCUGCUGAUGGAGAAUGAGAGGCUGAGGCAAGAGCUGGAAGCACACAGGGAGAAGACUGGCCGUAUUCAGAAGUUGGAGCAGGAGAUCCACCGUAUUUCGGAGGCCUAUGAGACACUGAUGCAUGGCAGCAGUAAGAGGGAAAACCUGGAGCAGACACUAAGGAGGAGGCUGGUGGCAGAGAUCAGGAGGCUGCAGGAUUUCAACAGAGACCUUAGAGAAAACUUGGAAAAUGCCAGAACGCAUGUUGCAAAAGAAGUAAAAGCAGCCGACCAUAACCAGCACAUCAUGGCCAAGCUCCUUGAACAAAAUGAGGAGCAGAACUUUGAGCGGGAGCGCGUGGAGCGGGAGCUGCAACGAUUGCGAUCCACGGCCGAGGAGCAGAGCGGCAGGGCGAAGCGGCUCGAGGAGGCCCUAGAGGCAGCCCGCGGACGAGGACGCCAGCUGGAGGAGGAGUUGAGAAGGAAGAGGGCUUACGUGGAAAAGGUGGAGAGGCUUCAGAGCGCUCUGGCUCAGCUGCAGUCCACCUGUGAGAAGAGGGAGAGUCUGGAGAUGAAGCUGAGGACUCGACUAGAGCAGGAGCUGAGGAGCCUGAGGGCGCAACAGAGGCAGUCCCAGCCGCCAGGAGUGACCAUGAGCUCGCUCCAAGAGCGCCUGCGGGAGCGCGAGGAGCGAAUCCUGGCCCUUGAGGCCGACAUGGUUCGCUGGGAGCAGAAGUACCUGGAAGAGAGCACCAUGAGGCAGUUUGCAAUGGAGGUGGCUGCCACUGCCGCUGCCCAGAGAGACACCACCAUCAUUAACCACUCGCCCUGCCACUCCUCUAACAACAGCUUCAACGAGGACCUGCCAGUUGCCGACUACAGGAAUCAAGAGAUGGAAAACAGGAUCCGUGCUCUGUAUGCUCAGAUCUUGGAAAAAGAUGCUGUGAUCAAGAUCCUCAACCAGCGGCUGCACCAGGACCAAGGGCGUAAGGACGAGCAAAGUCCCCGUACAAACCUCCUGAAUACAGCGGCGGCAACUCUCCAGCCUGCCUCCUCCACUCCUUCCAUCAGCACCACCAAGAGCACCACAAACAGUAGAGGUAAGAGCCUUUCAGAUGAUCAGACUCCGCCAAACUGUCAGUUCUCUGAACCUGGAACGCUAGAACGGCAGGGGGAGGGAACCAAAGCCAAAGAGGCUGCCAGCACGACUAAGCUCAACAGUGACAAGGCAAAGAAGUUUCUAUUAAACCCCUUCAGAGGCCUGGAUGAGCUGGAGUCAGAGGCAGUGGAAAUCUUCAUUUAAAGAACUGAGAGGUAGAUUUUGAAUGAGGAAAAAUGUCUAUUCUGGGAAUCUGUGAAGAGUGCAAGUCUUUGAAUAGAGAAUGGAUUAAAUAUUGGAUGCAAGAAUGUCGAGGAAAGACGCCAACGCACGAAACAAAGAAGAAAAAAGGACUGUUUUCAACAUUUUAGAGACAGAGCUGUGCUCCGACUCACUCAUUCUCACUGAGCUGGACAGCUGCAGGCAGUCUGCCCAGCUGGGGGAGAGAAGAUAAAUUUUCCAAGGUACUUGGACAGUAUUGUGGAUUGUAAUAGGGCAACAUGUUGUCAGAGUGUAUGCCAAAAUAUUUAUAUAAAUAUAUAUAUUGCUGCUUUUCCCCCUUUAUUACCCCCCUUUAUCUUUUGUCCAGUGAAUUGAGAAGCUACAUAUUUAUCUUAUCUGGUUUCCACAUUCCCCAAAUAUUAAUUUAAGCCUCAUGCUCUUCUAGAUAAAUAUUCAAUAAAAGGUUAUCUAUAUGACCCGCAGUCCCCUCCUCUCUCCCCCCAAAAAUGUGCCGUCAAUCUGAGUAACUUCAUUCCCGUCACAUGGCUCUUAUCUGUUUGGAAGACUUCCCCUUUGAUCAAUAAUUUAAGCUUACAACACAAGAAACACUGCUGAUAUAAAUGCCCUUGCUGUCCACGUUUCUCAAGGCUGAGUAGCUGGUUCUGCAGAAGCUUAGAGGGGUGUGAACAGUGGGAUGCAUGACAUGUAAAAGAUAAUAUAUUGUUUUUACGCCAAACUGACAAAAACCUGGCGUUGUUUGUAAUUUUGGGAAGGUGUUGCAUCGAGGGUGUUGAUUUCAUCAUCUGUUGCAUUUUUCUGAUAACUUCUUCCUUUUCAAUAGUAUGUUUGCAUGUGUGAUUACCGUAUGUGAGUGUGUUUCCUGAUGGUGGUGAUUCUGCUGGUUUGGUCACCACUGUGGGAUAAAAGUUGAAAACAACACCGUGUUGAGGUUUUUUUGUUUACUGUGAGCUUUGAACUAACAAAACUGGUUAAUUAUUAUUAUUAUUAUUAUUAUUAUUAUUUUAUACAGAUGUUUGUAUUGUUAUUUUAGAUAUAAUAGUGCUUUGAGCAGGAUGCCAAAGAGUUUAUGUAUUUUUGUGGUAAAUUAUGUGCCGACAAUCACGGUCAUGUCAAGCUGUACACAACCACCCAAGUGUUGACUUCAAACAGACAUUUCUGUGAACUUCAAACAAUAUGAAGGUUUUUACAGUUGAAUUUGUGCAACAUUUCAGAAAGCAAUAAAAUAUUCUAAUAUACAUC